AUGGUUAAAAGUAGUUUCUUAGACCCAUUACCUCGAUCUUCGUCAGCUAUUAUGCGUCCAAACGGAUCAGUUAAUAGUAAUAAGCCAUCAAAGCUGUCAUUCAGUAUUAGCCGCUUAUUGGGUGCAAACAGUGACUCUAAUAAAUACAAUCAAAGCGGACAAACAUCUGAAGGUGAAUCUGAGUCUUCAUCCUCAUUGUGCUCUCAAUGUCCUCCAACUGAACCCAAUGGUACCGGCAAUUCAUAUCCAUCGCAAUCAUCACCGGACACUAAAUGUCAUCACUCACAUCGUGUGUCGGUUACUCAAUACGACCCCCUAUCAGGACCGGCAUCUGUCAUACAAGUGCCAGCACACAGACCUCCACCAACUAUGCCUUACACAACUCACUACCCCUGGUUAGGACCUACACCUCCUUCAUUGAUUAAGGAUGGCUUACAAACGGCGACCACUAUAAGUGGCGAUACGUUUGGUAUAUAUAGCUAUUCAGGUAUUCAAAAACCUAUGGGACGAUCACUGCUUGAAUCGCAUUUCCAGUCUCUGGUGGCCUGUCGUACACCUUAUUUAACAGGGUCAAAUGCAAGUGCAACAUCACAAUUAACUAAUGUUAUCAACAGUAAUAAUAUGUUAUCUAAUGGUCUGCCCGGUCAAGUCAACCAUCACCCGCACCCACAUCAUCACCCAUUAGGUCUUCAUUUUGCGACAUCAUUUCCCUGGGCGGCAGCGGCCAGAGGUAAGCCCAGGAGAGGUAUGAUGAGGAGAGCCGUCUUCUCGGAUGCCCAACGACAAGGACUAGAGAAGCGCUUUCAGAUACAAAAGUAUAUCAGUAAACCUGACCGCAAAAAAUUAGCCGAAAAGCUGGGACUUAAAGACUCUCAGGUAAAGAUAUGGUUUCAAAAUCGACGCAUGAAAUGGCGUAACUCUAAAGAAAGGGAACUGUUGUCUUCGGGCGGCACUCGGGAACAGACAUUACCCACAAAAAACAAUCCAAAUCCAGAUUUAAGUGAUCCGAUUACCACACCUGUCACGACCUCAUCCUCACGUUAUACUAACGGAAGUACUACUUUGACUACGACAUCAAAUAACAAUAGUGUGGAUAAAGAGUCUCAACAGAUACCACACAAUAACUUUUCAUCUGUAAUGUCGUUAUCUAAUUAUGAUAUGAAUGUCAAUCGAUUACAGCUAUCAGUUGACAAUCAGAUCAAUACUGACGACGAGUCUGACGAUGAAGAAGAAGAAGACGAUAGCGAUAUUGAGAUCAAUGUUAACGACGAUUAA